CGAUGCGUGGGCUGUACUACCCCUCAGCAAACAUCAGGUUUCUCGGCUUCCAAUCCUCAGCAAACUCACCCCUUUGCCUUGGUGGUAGUCAGUUCACCGGGCUCCAGAGCGGUGCCUUCAAUAUCAACUGCUGAUUCACCUCUCAAUCUCACCGCCGAGUCACCAUGGCUACAGUCAUCAAGGUCCCAUGCUCUUCGGCAAACAUAGGGCCUGGAUUCGACGUCAUUGGACUCGCGCUCAACAUUUACCUAGAGGUUUCUGUGCAGGUCACGAAGAAGGAGAAGUCGGAGCACUCGCUGAACUGCCGUAUCACCUACGAGGGCGUGGGUGCAGAAUCGGUGCCUCUCGUCGCCGAAGACAACCUCAUUACCAGAACAGCCGUUUAUGUUCUGCGGUGCCACGGCAUUCGAGCCUUCCCAUGCGAGACCCACGUCCAUAUCAAGAACCCUAUACCCCUUGGGCGAGGAUUGGGCUCGUCCGGCGCUGCCAUCGUCGCGGGUGUCAACCUGGCAAACGAGGUGGGCAACCUGCAGCUCACCAAAGCCCGCAUGCUCGACUACUGUUUGAUGGAGGAGCGGCACCCCGAUAACGUGGCAGCGGCGCUGUAUGGAGGCUUCGUGGGAACAUACCUGAACGAGCUGUCUCCUGAAGACACGGAGAGGCUAGAGAUUCCCCGGAGCGAGGUCUUGCCGGAGCCAGCAGGCGGAGUCGACACGGGUCUGCGUCCACCAGAACCGCCCUUCAACAUUGGACAUUUCAAAAAGUUCAAGUGGUCGCCGGAAAUCAAGUGUAUCUGCAUAAUACCGGAUUUCGAGGUGUCGACGGCAAAGGCUCGCGAGGUUCUGCCCGAGUCCUAUUCGAGGAAAGAUGCCAUCUUCAACAUGCAACGGUUGGCUCUGUUGACGUCCGCGUUGGGGGAAUCGCCUCCGGAUUCCGACAUGAUUUAUACGGCAAUGCAAGACAAGCUCCAUCAGCCAUACCGCAGAGGGCUCAUUCCGGGUCUCACUGAGAUCUUGCAAUCCGUCACCCCUCAAUCUCACCCCGGCCUCCUUGGUAUCUGCUUGUCUGGAGCUGGCCCCACGAUUCUUGCACUGGCGACUCACAACUUCGAACACAUCGCGAAUCACCUCCUCAAUGAGUUCAAGAAGGAGAAUAUAACAUGCCAGUGGAAACUGCUUCAGCCAGCGGAGGAGGGCACCACAGUCGUACGGCCGACAGAAGUCCCAGAGGGCGAGGCGAUGACAUACGCAGCUUCGGGUGUAAGCAUCGAUGCAGGAAACGAGCUCGUCAAGCAGAUCAAGGCCUCUGUUGCUACGACGAGACGGCCUGGUGCGGAUGCUGAAAUUGGAGGGUUUGGAGGUCUUCUGGACCUGAAGAGCGCUGGGUACUCGGAACCACCCAUCCUCGUAGGCGCAAUCGAUGGCAUCGGCACAAAGGUCAAGAUCGCGUUUGAGAUGGGCAAGCAUGAUACUGUCGGCAUUGACCUCGUCGCCAUGAAUGUAAACGACUUGGUGGUGCAGGGUGCUGAGCCCCUCAUGUUCCUCGACUACUACGCCUGCAGUAAAUUGAAUGUCUCAGAUGCCGCGGCGUUCGUACGGGGAGUAGCGGAUGGUUGCCGGCAGUCGGGAGCCGCUCUGGUUGGAGGCGAGACGGCGGAGAUGCCCGGUCUCUACAGGGAGGGCGAGUACGACGCAGGAGGUGCAGCUAUUGGAGCCAUCCAGCGGGGAGAGACUAUCCUCCCGGACAAGGCGGCCAUGGUCGAGGGAGACGUUCUCCUAGGCCUCGCUUCGAAUGGACCACACUCGAACGGAUACUCCCUGAUCCGCAAGAUUGUCGAGAGGAAGGGCCUAUCCUUCCAUGACAAGGCGCCAUGGAGCGUGGGUGAGACUGUGGGUGCCAGCCUGUUGACGCCGACCAGGAUAUACGUCAAGCCGCUUCUCGCUCUGGUCCAGAAAGGGCUCGUCAAGGGUAUGGCGCACAUCACUGGAGGGGGUCUGCUGGAAAACAUACCUCGCAUGCUCCCCGAUACUCUGGCUGCCGAGCUGGAUGCAAAGGCGUGGCCUGUACCAGACGUGUUCAAAUGGCUCAAGCAAGCAGGCCGCCUCGAGAACACUGAAUUCUGCCGAACGUGGAACACUGGACUGGGCAUGGUGCUUGCUGUUGACGCCAGUAAGGCGCAGGCUGCUGUAGAGGCUCUCCAACAGCAAGGGGAGAAGGUUUACACUGUAGGUCGGUUGGCCAAGAAGGGUACUGAAGACUGUGUCGUGCACAACAUGGAGGUGUGGGGCUGAACGGUGUCGACCAGUCAGAGUUCUGUACGAAGACGUAAGCCGGCUACUGCACUGCGUAGAGUACGCCUCCGCGUGGAGGGGAGCCUGCGGUGCGACCAUAGCAGAGAUAGUUGCGGCUCUGGUCAGAGGCAGAGGGCUCUCCACUAGCGUGAAUGAGCAAAGGCUUGAGGUGUAUCAUCAUGUCAGCGGGCGUCUCAAUCCAUCUCUUCAAGAUAUAGCAUUCAGUUGCAGUUGUUGCGCAACCACGAGGAAGAUCUGGCAAGCUUCCAAUCCGAAGUUCGAGUGGGACAAGAUACUUGAUCUCUCUGUGUGGCUGGCUGCACGCUGCAAGGUGGCGUACAUGUGUGGAGCCAAGUGCUGAGCCUUUCGAUAUGGCAAUCUGAAGGUGUAGUCUAGGGAUAUCGACCAU